AUGAAGUGGGAAGCUUCUAUUUUCUUGUUGCUCUUAUUAGGUUUUGCUGAAUCAAAACUACUUCACACAAGUGCCUUGGAAAUAGGUUCAACAUCAAAUUCUCCCCAGAGCUUAACAGAAACAAACUUGAGUGACAUUGCCACCAUAUUUUUUGUCCAGUUCAUUCCAGAAGCCACUUAUGAGGAAGUAGACAAACUAGUUAAAGAUUUUUUGGCUGAUUUUGAGAAACUUGGAGCCAAAGAGAAGUCAAAAGAACAUCUAGAAAAGCAGCUAUCUGCUUUGUUGGAAGAAAUCUGUCAUGAUAAAGACAUCUCAGACAAGCACGGGCUUGCUGACUGCUGCAGUGUAGUUGGAAGCAACAGAUUAGAGUGUUUGCUGGCUCACAAAAGGAGAGCUACUGCAGCAUCCAUUCCAGAAUUCCAAGUUCCAGAACCUGUCCAGAGCUGCAAAGCACAUCAAGAGAAUCCAGCAACUUUCAUGAACAGAUAUAUCUAUGAAAUAACCAGAAGGCACCGUUUUCUCUAUGCACCUACCAUUCUUUCUUUGGCUGCCCGAUAUGACAAGAUAAUUUUCACUUGUUGCCAAGCUGAAAAUGCAGUCGAAUGCUUCCAUAAGCAGGCAGCACCAGUCACAAAAGACUUAAGAGAAAAAAAUUUGAUCAGCCAACAUGUAUGUGAUGUUCUGAGGAAGUUUGGAGAACGGUCUUUUAAAGCCAUAAUACUUACUAAGAUGAGUCAAAAGUUCCCCAAGGCUAACUUUACUGUCAUUCGGGAUCUGGUGUUGGAUGGUGCCCAUGCCCACAUAGAAUGUUGCAAAGGCAAUGUACUGGAAUGUCUGCAGGACAGGAAUGAGAUUAUAUCCUACAUCUGUUCCCAACAAGAUGUCUUAUCAAGUAAAAUCCAAGAGUGCUGUUCAUUGCCCUUACGAGAUCAGGGUGAUUGUAUAGUUAAUGCAGAAAAUGAUGACCAACCAGAAGGUUUAUCUCCUGACCUGAGAAGAUUUUUAGGAGAAAGAAAAUUCAACCUAUAUUCUUCAGAAGAAAAAGAUCUUUUCCUGGCAAGAUUUGUGUAUGAAUUCUCAAGACGUCACCAGGAUCUUGCUGUCCCUGUGAUUUUGAGGGUUGCAAAAGGAUACCAGGAGGCUUUGGAAAAAUGCUCCAAAACAGAGAAUCCAUUGGAGUGUCAGGACAAAGAGGAAGAAGAAUUAGAGAGACAUGUUCAGGACAGCCAAGCGUUGGCCAAGCGGAGCUGUGGUCUCUUCCAGAAAUUAGGAGAAUAUCACUUGCAAAAUGUAUUUCUUGUUGCUUAUACCAAGAAAGCUCCUCAGCUGACCCCUCAAGAGCUGAUUUUCUACACCAAGAAAAUGGCAGCCACUGCAUCUUUAUGCUGCCAGCUCAGUGAGGAUAAACAACUGGCCUGUGGAGAGGGUGCAGCUGACCUUAUUAUUGGGCAGUUAUGUGCAAGGCAUGAAGUCCAACCUAUAAAUGAUGGUGUGGGUCAUUGCUGUGAUUCUUCCUAUGCCAAUAGGAGACCCUGUUUCAGCAACUUUGUGAGGGAUGAAAAAUAUGUUCCUCCCCCAUUCUCUGAUGACCAAUUCAAUUUCCGUCAAGAUCUUUGCCAUGCUCAAGGGGAAGAGCUACAGAAGAAGAAGCAAAAGUUUCUGAUUAAUCUUGUUAAACAAAAGCCACACAUAACAGAGGAACAAAUAAAAACAGUCACCACAGAUUUCACGGUCCUAUUGGAGAAGUGUUGCAAAGGAAAACAACAGGAUAUCUGUUUUGCAGAAGAGGGUCCAAAAUUGAUCGCAAAAACCCAAGAGGCUCUGGGAGCUUAAGCUAUUUCAGGAGGAAGAGAUA